AUGCGCCCCGCGGGGACCCGCAGGCAGGGCUGGCGGCUCCCUACGGCUGCUACCCUCGCGCCCUCUUCGCGCCUCCCUCCCUGCGGCCCGCCUCGCAGUGCACUCGCGCCGGCCUCGGCUCGCUGCAGCCGCCUCCGGGCCAGGGACCCCGGGACGUCUAAGGCUCUGGGAACACCUUCUUGCCUUCCUAUUUACAGAGUGACUGGCAGAUUCAGCUUCAGAAGAGUUGUCUUGGGUUGUUUUUACCGUAGACACAAAUGCAGGCUCCUGAUGUUUGCAAGGCUGUGUUUGCCACUGCUCUCUGAGCUUUGCAAUGCGCUCAAGGACAACAAGAAGAAAGAUGCUGGAAAGUUGGCCAAGAAAGACAAAGACCCAGUGAACAAAUCCAGGGGCAAGGCCAAAAAGAAGAAGUGGUCCAAAGGCAAAGUUCAGGACAAGCUCAAUAACAUAGUCUUGUUUGACAAAGCUACCUAUAACAAACUCUGUAAGGAAGUUUCCAACUAUAAACUAAUAACCCCAGCUGUGGUCUCUGAGAGACUGAAGAUUCAAGGCUCCCUGGCCAGGGCAGCCCUUCAGGAGCUCCUUAGUAAAGGAUUUAUCAAACUGGUUUCAAAGCACAGAGCUCAAGUAAUUUACACCAGAAAUACAAAGGGUGGAGAUGCUCCAGCUGUUGGUGAAGAUGCACGAAUAGGUCCAACCAACUGUUCAUUUGGAAAAAUAAAACUUUAUUAA